AUGCCGUCCUUUGGGCGCGUUGGCAACGCAGCCUACCACGAUGUUCAGGGUGUCUACACUCACAUCACAGACCCGAACGAGCGGCGGCGCAUGGCCCUCGCUGAGGUCGACAAAGCACCUUUUGGAUGGUAUCACAUACGCCUUGCUGUCGUCACGGGAAUAGGUUUCUUUACCGACGCUUACAGUCUGUUUGCCAUCAACCUAGCCGUCAUAUUGCUGGGCAUAGUAUAUUGGCAGGAUGAACAGCACAAAGGUGUCAUGCCUUAUAAUGCCGACACAGCCAUCAAGGUUGCCACGUCGGCUGGUGCAAUCUUUGGCCAGUGCAUCUUCGGAUACUUGGGCGACCGUCUUGGACGCAAGAGGAUGUAUGGUGUAGAACUGAUGAUCAUCAUCACAACGACCCUCGCACAGGCACUAUGCGGCGAGUCUGCAACUCUGUCUGUCGUCGGCGUUUUAAUUUUCUAUCGCGUGGUAAUGGGCAUCGGUGUUGGUGGCGACUACCCCCUAAGUGCUGUCAUCACAGCAGAGUUUUCCAGUACGCGUUACCGAGGAGGCAUAAUAGCCGCCGUCUUCGCGAUGCAAGGCCUGGGCCAGCUGGCUUCUGCGUUGAUAACACUCAUAGUCGUCGUCAUUUACAAAGAACAUCUAGUCACGGUAGCAGAUGUUGGCGACUGCGUAGGGGACUGUGCCAAGCAUGUCGACAAGAUGUGGCGCAUCAUCAUCGCAUUCGGCGGCGUUCCUGGAUGGUUUGCACUUUACUACCGGCUCACGGUUCCAGAGACACCAAGAUAUACAUUCGAUGUGCUGUACGAUGUCGAGAAGGCUGCGGUCGAUGCAAGAAAGUACCGUUACGGCAAGGAAGGAAAUGAGGUCAACCCCGUUACUCAGGCCACGGCUCGCCGCGAGAUGGCCAAGUACAAGACGCCGCGACCGUCAGUCAUGGAAGUGCUGCGCUUCUUUUCCCAGAAGCGCCAGGCUAUCAGACUCUUUAGCACUUCAAUUUCUUGGUUCUUCCUCGACCUCGCUUUUUACAGCCUAGGAUUCAACUCCGCGUCUCUCACCUCGACAAUGGGAUUCGGAGGACGGGACAAUCUCUACCAGUAUCUGCGCAACGCAGCCACGGGCCAAAUCGUGCUCAUCUGCGCAGGCGCGCUGCCGGGCUACUGGCUCACCGUCUUCACCGUCGACAAGCUGGGACGCAAAACCAUCCAAGUCGGCGGGUUCGCCAUCCUCACCAUCAUCUUCUGCGUCCUUGGUUUCGCCUGGCAGAACCUCACAAAGAAAGACCUGCUAGCGCUCUACGUGCUCGCCCAGUUCUUCUUCAACUUUGGCCCCAACGCCACCACCUUCAUCACGCCUGCGGAAAUCUUCCCCACGCGCGUGCGCUCCACGAGCCACGGCUUCAGCGCCGGAAUGGGCAAGCUGGGCGCCGUCUUUGCGCAGAUCUUCUUCGCUCCCAUGAUCAAGCGCAACGCGACCCGGGAGAACCCCACGCCGUGGAUCCACGGCGUCAUGCAGAUUUUCGCUCUCUUCAUGUUCCUCGGCAUGCUGACGAGCCUCCUGGUCCCCGAGACCAAGCGCCGAAGGCUCGAGGAGCUGGCGGGCGAGAAGGACGAUGUAUAUGAGUUCCAGGCAAGCCAGUGGCGCAACAGAGGCGGUAUUGCGGGUGCGACUUCGCCGCACAGCGCGCAUGAUGCGGAGCCUGCGUUUAGAAAUUCAGUCAUCAUUGCGAGGGGCAGUGGGAGCGCGAGAAGUACGCCUACGGAGAGAACGUCAGAGGCGGUGCUGAGAGAGAGUGAUGUGGAGAAGACGUGGUGGCGAUCCAGACAAUCUCAGUUGCCUAAUCACGCUAUGUGAGCCAGCUUGAGCAACAAACUG